AUGUCUGACACUCUUCCUAAUGACUCUUUGGUAGAGAAGGCUCUUUCCUUGGGAACAACAUAUUUCCAAAGUGAGAAGUACACGAAAGCCAUAAAGAUAUUUCAAAAGGCCAUCGAGUUGACAAAAUCAUAUUCCAAGAAUGAUAUUAUUGAACUACGUCGAAAACACAAUUUACAUAGUUAUCCAGAGUCUGCUAAUGCUUACCACCCAAAAUAUAUUAAGCUAUUGGACAAUAGAGCAGCCUGUUGGGAAAAAUUGGGUGAAUUAGAGAGGGCACUUCGAGACUCACAAAAAAUGUGUUACAUAGAACCUUACAACCUAAAAUGUUACCUUAGGAGGGGUAGAUUGUUGCAAAGAUUGGGGAAGGACAAGGAUGCUUAUAAGAAUUACAAAGAAGCAUUGCAAAGGGUGCAAGAUUCCAAGAAGACAUUAAAGUUCGAACUGCCGACAAAGUUUGUUCAAUUUAUUCAAAACCAGAAAGAUAUAGUACGAACAAGACUGAUAGAAAGUAAGAAACACAAUGCUGAAAUUAUAACCCAUGAAGCUGGGUUCAAGAGAAAAUUAAUUGAUCCUAAAAGUGAGCAAAGCAAACGAACAAAAAUAAUUGCAGAGGAUUCCGCUAAAACAGAAUCUACCCCCAUAGGUAUGGAUUUUAUUAAAAGACUACCAACAGAACUUCUUCCCUUAAUUUUCAAAGAUUUUACUUCCAAGGAAUUGGUAAAAACGAUGCAAGUAUCCAAAACAUGGCAUCGAAGACUGAUCUCGUUACCUGACUUAUUUCAAGUAUUUGAUUUAUCUAACAUAACAUUUAAACAGUUUUCCCAAUGUCAUUGGUUUCUAAAAACUUUGAAACGUUUCCAAGAGUCUGAUCAUAGGAUUCAAACUUUAAGAUUUUCGUCCAGAAUUGUGAUGGAUGAAUUAAAGACUCUCCAGGCUUUAUUGAUGCAAUUGCAAAAUAAUACCUGCACGAAGCUGGUAUUGGCAAUUCCGAACACAACAACAAGGGAUUUAGUCCAGUCAAUAGUUCCGGAUGAUAAAUUAUGUCAUUCAGUUAAAGAUUUGUCUGUUGUUUUAAAGUUAAGAGGAGAUUUUGAGUAUGAAUGUGAUCUUUUUUCUAAAUUCAAUCAGGUAAAGCAUUUAGAGGUUCUGUUCUUAACACAGUUGGUACCAAUAUCGGUCACAUUGAAAAACAAGAUUAUUACCCCUUUGAAGAAGGAUGACGUUGAAAAUCUCGAAUCUCUUAGUAUCAUAUGUAAUUCUGGUAAGGUGAAACGCUUCCCAUUUUCCAAGCACAUAUCAGUAUUUCCGCCAAACAACGUAACGAAAUUAAUUGUUGCAGGGGCCAAUUUACGCUCGCAUGAUAAUUUACACUGGUUACGACAUUUCAAUAAUUUGAAAACACUUUGGUUGGAGGACAAUCACACCACGUUGAGCGAUCUUAUGGAGGUAUUACGAACAGAUAUUAUUUUUCAUCAACUGGAAAGUUUAAUUUUUAGGGAAUCAAAAGUGAAUAAUAGAUUUGAACCUGUAAACGCUGAGGCAUCAUUAUACUAUGACAACCUAAAGAAUCUUAAGGAAUUGGACUUAAUGGGGACCUCAAUUAGUGGAUUAGGAUUAUCUAUUUUAAUAUCAUGUUGUCGUUCAGAGCGAAUAACGAAGUUAAAUAUUGGGGAUUGUCCGUUUAUCCACUUUCGACGUUUAAAGAAUGAUAAUGACCCGAAAGUAUUAUCUCUGUCUCAUUUUUUCAAUGAUGUUUCCAAUUUGGAAGAAUUGUGUCUUCCUCAAUCUAGCAGCAUUGAUGAUAAUUCGUUAAUGUUAUUAUCUGAACAGGUACCGAUGUUCAUGAAACUAAAGAAAUUAGACUUAUCAAUGAAUCCCACGAUUAGCGGUGUAUCGAUUUACCAAUUCUUAAAAGAAUUGGCUUUGAUCCGAGCCAAACCAUUGCAAAACCUCGUGAUAGAUGGUUGCACAUCUGUCUCUCAUAUAACAGUUAAUUCUCUUAGAGCAUCCAAUUUAGUGGCUAAAGUUGACUGCGUGUAUGAAAGAGAGGUUUGGAACCGGUUUGGUAUCAAUUCAUACAAAUAUAGAGACCGGUAA